GUCUGGAAUAGUUCAUCGUCCGAAAUGCGACCAGAAUCCUCUGAAUACCCACUGCAUAAGCCACGAAUGUCUGUCAAAUGACUUCUCUGCCGCACCUUGGUCAUAAAGCUGUCAAGUAGUCAAGUCUACUCUCAGACACAAAAUGCGAAUGCUCCAGGACGAGAAGCUGCUUAAUAUGAUCGGACCCAAACACCACAUUUUCCCUUAUCAUGCAAUUUGGAUCUGGAUUGAUCAAACCAGGAAGUUCAACGUUUGGUUUGUGAGGAGGAUCUGUGUCAACCUCCAAACUCACAUACUUGGAACGCCGCAGUGGACCUCGAGACCUUGAUCACAUCUUGAUCAUGUCCGCACUGAUGAGUCUGCCGGCUCUCGAAGUUCUCCUUCUUCGAGGAGUCGCUACGAAAGGUCUGCAUCAAUCGCUGGCUCAUGUUUCAUAUCCACUGUCCUCUUCUCGGACUUAUCUCAGCACACCUAACACACAUCAUCUAAGCUUACACAAGUCCCCUGAAUGGUUCACAAACAAAUAAAUCAGCAAAUUCGGAGACUUGCAAGGCGCACGACUUCAAGUAUGCUGCACAUGUUGACCUUUUAAGAUCAACCAAGCUGCCCUUUGUCGUGCAGUACUCAAUCCCGCAUUUAUUUCUCACUGAGAAGCAGGUUUUGCUUGCAUGCAAAUGUUAGCUAUAACAUGUUCAAUAUGCCCGUGUCACCUCUUUAAGACGGGAAAAACGCAAGAUGCAAAACGUACAUGCCGUAUACCAGCCUCUACAUGGAUAUAUGGCAGCAUGGGCGAGACCACAAUUUUGAUUCGUUACUAGCCAAUAAGGCCGUCGGAUUUCCUGAAGAACGCGGUGAACAUGGCCUAUAGCUUCGGUUAUUAUAGGCAGUGUGCAUAUGUUGUGCGACAUGUCGAGGAACACCACUCGGAUUGAUCGCCAUACAAUUGUCGAUGACCGGGAGAUCUCGAAGCGUGCAAGACUAGACCACUGUGUCACAUCAUGUGGCUGACUUUCCAUGCAAAGCAUUCAAUGCUCGCUCAGAGGUGUAGACCACUCCAUGCAUGUGUCUGAAUCUGGGCUCGCCCAUCUAUCCAUACGUCGUAUCCGCACACUCCGGGACUUUGGUUUUUGUUUUUCGCGGAUAAUUUGAUUUACACAUCAUUACGAUUGGUAGAAGCUAAGUACAGACAGCUCCUGGCACAUUGAAGUACUCCUAACAGACAGGUACACAGACCUGGGAAAUUAUCGCCACUUUCGUGAGUACAAAGUCUGAUUGGCUCAUGACAUCUAUUGGUUAUGUAUGGCCAAGCCAGUUUAACAACUCCGCUAAAUACACCUGCUUUAUCUAGCUGCCUUAUCUGGAGUUGGAUAAGCAACGAAUAAUAUUCCCCGAAUGGCGUGGCCACACAGCAGGCCGCCAUGUCUGCUAGGUCUGUCAAGCCGAGAAAACUUGAACCUUCGAUUUCUUGGCUACAACGCAAGUACAGAUGAGCCAACAGCAUGCGUAUAGAGUUUGGUUAACAACAGAUUCAUGGCGUGUCUCAAGUCUGAUACUUUAAGCAGACUGAAGGCGAAAGUGUCCUUGAGGCUGAGGUCCUCUUCUACAGCCUCGUCUCCCUCCACUCCGAAUGGCCCAGAUUCCUGCCAAUCAGGCCGCAGAACUCCUCCAUCACGACCACCUGCUAUCUCCCAUGAUUCAACACAAUUAAAUUCCUCGACAUCGCCUGCCCUUGGAUCUUCCGGGUUUGAGAUAGAGGAGCUUCAAGUCCCAGAACCUGUCACAGGACAUGUAAUAGAAAUAGCCCCAUCGGAGGAUGCUCUGAACGAGACGACUAGUACAGCAAUAUCUUCAUCGGACGUCUCAGGUGCUAACCAGGCCUUCCAUGACGCUAUCAAUAAGGUUGUUGAACAACUCGAUGAACGCGACAGGGAAGCCUUUCGCAACAGCUACGUACACACCUCGCCGGAGAAGUCAAUGGAGACUAUACGGAAACUGGAUGAGUACGAUGGAACAUCAAAGACAAGAACCGGCGCUAAAGGACUGGGACCAGCUAUUGUAGCUCUUGAUACAGCAAUGACAAGCAUUGGAAUUGCUAUUCAGCAUAGUCCUGAGAUAUCAUCCCUUGUCAUAGGAGGUGUUCGUCUGAUCAUCGACCUUGUUGCAAAGUUUGUGCAAUUCUAUAACAAAUUGAGUCAGAUGAUCUGUCAGAUGGUAGAUUACGUGGCAGUCUUUGACCAGUACAGCAAACAUUGUAGUAGCACGAUCGUUCGCCAGGCACUAGCAGAUAUAUAUUGUGACCUUCUUAAUUUCUGUGUUCACUCCAGACGGGUCUUCGUGAAUCGUGAUGGCACUGUGAAGAAUUUCUCUCAUAUGCGAACGUUCAUCCGUGUUCAAUGGCAGCCCUUCGAGGAUAAAUUUGGCGACAUCAAAGCAAGCUUUGCCCAUCAUCUCAAUGUCCUCGUAAACUCUGCCCACGCUCAGCAAUUGAGUCUAUUGAACUCCCAGUCUGAACUUAUUAUAUCAGGAUUCAACAGCGCCGAAGUAGAAAUGUAUCGCAUUCAGACCAGGGAGCAAAUAGAAGAGAGAAGAAAGUUCCUUGGGUGGGUUUCGAACAUUGAUUACGAGGCGACAUUCGAAGACAUGAUCAAGAAGAAACACACUGGAACAGGGGAAUGGCUGUUAGCUGACAAGACUUUCCAAUCCUGGAUCAAAAGCCAGAGUUCAUCAUUGCUCUGGUGUCAUGGAAAAGCCGGUGCUGGGAAGUCUGUUCUCUCGUCUCUAGUCCUGGAUCACAUCUCAAGUAUUGAGCUGGUUGAUUCAGGAACAUGCGUAGUCUUCGCGUACUAUAGCUACCAAACGCCUGAACGCCACCCUCUAGAGAAACUGCUAGGUUCUUUAAUACGUCAACUUACGUCCAAGCUGAAAGAAGUUCCAGGGGAUGUCUUGACAUUCUUUCAGACAAAUUAUCGUGAUGCGAGAUCUCCAAGAUCCGACGACUUGGAAGUUCAGUUCUUCAAUCUGCUUCGCGAAUUCCCUUCCCAGGCACUCGUAGUGGUUGAUGGUCUCGACGAAUGCGAAUCUGGCAGCCGGGAAGAGAUACUCGCUUUUAUCGCGCGACUAGUCAAGGAGCAAUCUGCAUUGAUCAAAGUAUUUGUCACAAGUAGAAGGGACGAAGAUAUCAUGGACACUUUCGAUGGAUGCCCAGUGGUGGAAAUUGAUUCAACAUGCGUGGAUGCUGAUAUCAAGAUCUUCCUCCAGGAUGAAAUUGCACGACGGAUCCACGAAAAGAAGUUGAAAUUACAGAAAAUUGAUCUCAAAGAUGCGAUACUGGAGGCACUUUCGUCAAAAUCAAACGGAAUGUUUUUGUGGGCGAAACUCCAACUUAAUAUAAUCUGCGAAGAACGACGAGACCAGGACAUUUUGAAGGCGCUUGUCUCCCUACCACGCGAUCUAUACAGUACUUACGACCGCAUCCUUCAAAAGAUUGAGCAAAAAUCACCUGCGUUGCAAGAGCUGGCACGGAAAGCCCUGAUGUGGGUUAUGUAUGCAAAAAGGUCAAUGAGAAUUAAGGAGCUUGUGGAUGCGUUGGCAAUUCAAGAGGGUAUGACGCAGUACAAGGAAUUGGCAAACUCCGCCUACGACAAGGAGGCUAUCUUGGAUUCCUGUGGCGGCCUUCUCUUAUCGAUUGGUCUCUUAGGUACGUUCAAAUACGAGUACGUGCAUCCGAUUCAUUACUCCGUUAUCGAAUACUUCCAGGCCGCGGUUGCGACACCGGGAGCUCAGCAAGCACUGCGAGCGAAAUAUUUCACAGUCGCAGAGAGAGCACAUCGGGAAAUAGCAAGCUCCUGUAUCAGCUUCAUGCAGCUCAAUGAUUUCUCGACUGGUCCAUCCCCAAAUAUGAAGCUUCUCUGGGGGCGCUCAUAUAACGAGCCUCUAGCUUUCUAUUCGACAUAUUACUUCGAUAAGCAUUUGAAUCAUCAGGAUGUUCUUCCUCCAGAGCUUCUACUGAAAAUUGAAAGGCUGCUCAGCUACACCGCCGAUCAUCUUGCGGCAAUCUUACAAUGUCGACGGUGUCGAGGUGACCCUGCUGAAGCAUCCCGGAAGUUCGUCAAGUUCAAUUUUCCCGUUAACGCAAACACAAUGAUAAUAUCGACGAACUUGUAUGAUCGACCAGAAUUCGGCCAGCUGCUUUCGGAAUGGACGAAAGACACAAUGUCCAGAUACAUACUGCAUCAAGCAGCCUCGUCAGAUCUGCACACAGCUGUAACUCAAUUAUUGGAUAUGGAGUUCAUAAAUGUAGACGAGAGGGAUGACAAUGGUGUCACUGCGCUAAUGUAUGCGGCACAAAAUGGGCUCUAUUCCAUGGCCUACCGCUUGAUUGUACACGGGAAUGCAGAUGUGACUAUAAAGAGUGAUCGCAUUCCUGACUAUACGGCUUUGACGGCAGCAUGUGAAUAUGGCAAUAUCGACAUUCUACGCUUGCUGAUCCAACACAAGGCUGGAGUAUCCGAAAAAGAUGUAUACUGGGCUUGCGGAGCUCAUUGCAAUGACGAUGAAAUCCUCAGAAUUCUUCUCAAGCACGGUGCAUUGGCAACAUCACAGGCUUUAGAGGAAUCGGCAAGAUCUGGCUGGAUAGAUCAUUGCGCUCUCCUGGUAGAUCACGGUGCUCUUAUCACGGGAACAGUUCUCAUGGCUUCAUUUGAUGAGCACGGAAGACCUGGCCCCGUUACAGUGCUUCUCCUGGAAAAAUGCGAUCAAGGCCUACUUUCAGAAGCCAAUGUUCUGUGGGCGUGUACACCUCGUUGUCGAGAUGACGCUAUCCUGGAACAUCUGCUCUCUAAUGGAGCAGGUGCAACCUCAGAAGCACUCUUACAGGCAGUCACCUAUGGCUUUUAUCAUCGCUGCACUGCACUACUAGAUCACGGGGCUCUUGUCACAGAAGGUCAUCUUAUUAUGGCAAAAUACAGGAGCAAGCUGUACAGUGAUAUUUUCAGACUCAUAAAAUCAAGAAGCUCGCCCGCAUUGAUUGCCAAAUCAAAAGUGGGUUAUUUAGAGAGGCUUGGUGAGGUCUGGAGUUCGGAUGAUGAUUCUUCUUCCAUAGCUUCCGAAUCCGGUCAGAACAUUCUCAUCGAGACUGCCGAAACUGUGAAUGAAGAGGGGGAGCAUCAGGAGAGCUCUACCUGAUACCCAUCCAUGUUCAAGAACAGCUCCGUCCCGAACUAUACUGCACCAGAUAUCAGCAGAUGAAAGACCUUCAGCUCGACACGAAAUCAGCCAGCCACUGCUCAUGAAUCCCUCACGCCUCAGUCAACUUCACUUCUCAGACCACGUGCGACAACCCUAUCGGAAAGAUUGCAAGAUAUCUCAGGCUAAUCAUUAUCAUGAUGGCUAUCUACAACACCAGCAUGAGCAACAACUCCAUCACUCGAGACAGCAAGACUGUGCGGCCGCCAAAUGACGAGCAAACAAUCCCCAGCCACCGGAAAACACCAAUUCGGCUCAAAAGAUCAGCACAGUCUAACCCAUCACUCCAGAUCUCUGGCAUCUCGUUAGGACUGACCUUUCCCAAUCAAUUAUCCUCUUCCAUUUGUCUACCCUGCUUCUUGUCAACAUCUCCAACGCUCGCUUAAGUGCCUCCUUGUUUACUCGUUCAUGCUUUCUAUACUUCCUCCAUUUUCAUUUUACAUGUUUAUUUUCAUCGUUUUCAUUCUCUAUUUUCAGUUUCCUAUAAUCAUAUCUGACGGCCUUUAGUACGUUGUGUUUAAGCGCGGCAAUAUGGGGGCGAUAUUUCAAUUUCUUAGGGAGCCCCACUCACAUCUUCAUUUUAUGACCCUCCAUCUGCACCUCCCACUACAUUAAAAUACUUCAUCAAUCUCUUCGCUAUAAAUGCAAUUACGAUUCUCUCAAUCCAUCCAUGUCUCUCCCUCGACUAAUGCUAUUGAACUUGAACUUGUCAAUGUCAUUGUUAUUCUCU